UUCUUUUCUCAUCCCUCUUAUCAAAUUUCUCCUCUGUUUUUCUCUCUGCCAUUAUCUUUUACUCUCUGUCUCUCUCUAUUCUGUUUGGAUUUUUUUCUUUUAUUAUUAUUUGUAUCGUAUAUUCUGGUUCUGUUUUAGUUCAAGAAACUCUGGUUCUCCAAGAAAAGAGCUCCCGGUUAACAAAAGGACUGUUUCUUUAAGCCAAUUUGCGACAGCCCAUCUCACCGUUUUCUCUGUUCUCGAUCUAGUCAGUGAAGGUAAGCCCUUGUAAAAUGGAUGCAACGGCUGUAGAUCAGUAUGUAGAAGAAGGUCUGUCUGAAAGUAACUAUAGCAGAGAAAACACAUCUCCGUUAGAGAACUGGAAAUCUAUCUCCAACUCUGUCAUAGAUUCUGAUGAGAGUCCAUCUAGUGGAUUUGAUUGCAAUAUAUGCCUGGAUCCUGUGCAAGACCCGGUGGUUACACUUUGUGGUCACCUUUACUGCUGGCCUUGCAUAUACAAAUGGCUUCAUUUCCAAAGUAUUUCUACCGAAAACGAGGAUCUGCAGCUACACCAGCAAUGUCCUGUAUGCAAAGCUGAAGUUUCCGAGGGAACCUUAGUUCCACUCUUUGGACGAGGUCAAACCACAAAACCUUCUAAAAGCAAGGCCCCCAAUCUGGGUAUAAUUAUUCCAAGAAGACCUCGUGGUCUUGCCUGUGGAUUUGACUCACCAAGAUCACCUUUCACAAGCAGUCCCCACCAAACGCAAGAAAUUUAUAAUCGUAAUUAUCCUCAUCAAUCUCAAUUAUAUUAUUCUCAGCCAGGGAGUUACUCCGGUUCGCCAAUGCUUAACCCGCGUGUUACAGCAGGAAACAUGUUCGACCCAGUGAUCGGAAUGUUUGGAGAAAUGAUUUAUGCAAGGGUCUUUGGUAACUCGAUAACAAAUAUUUAUAAUUACCCAAAUUCAUAUAAUCUUGCAGGAAGCACUAGCCCUAGAUUGAGAAGGCAUGUUAUGCAGGCUGACAGGUCCCUCAGCAGAAUCUGCUUUUUCCUCUUUUGCUGUGUGUUUUUGUGUUUUCUUUCAUUUUAAACUUAAGAUAUACACCUACAAAAAUUCACAAGUACAAGAUAUACAGAUACGAAAUCGGCCGGAUAUAUUAGAUGUUUUAGCUAUUACAUAUCCUGUGCUGCCAGUAUAUGUAAUUACAGAGUCUUUUGUUCUGAGCUUAAUGAUUGAAUUGAAUCUUCUCUUUCGUUUUUA